UAAAAAUUACUGAAAGAAGAGUUUAUAAUUAAUAAAUUAUUUUUUCUUAUUAAAAUUUCCCUUCAUCCCGUCUUCUUCCUUCUACAACAUCCCAUCGCCGGCAUUCCACCAACUUUUUUGUUUCAUAAUAAUGGUAGGUUUGAUUUGAGGGAGGGGGUGAACAGCGUAAAGGGCGUGGAUUUCUUAGACAAUAGAAGCUGAAAAGUAUGAGUUGAAUGAAGAAGAUUUUAAGAAAUUCGCGGUAUUAUAAUGGAAAGUGGUGUUAAGGUUAAUAAUGCACGCAUUCGAUUGUCGUCCUCGUCUACUUCGUGGCCGGCAUGUAGAGCAGAUGUAUCUUUCCCGUUGUCGAAGAGUGCAUUAGAUCUCAAUGCCAGUUUUUCCGCAUCUGGACUUGACAUCGAAUGUCGAUCCCGACGAUUAUUGUUCGGCGAGAGGCGAUCGGCACUCGAGUAUUCAGAGGCAUUAUUCCAAGUGCAGCAGACUCGCGGGCCCCUUUUGGGAGACGUCUUCUCCAGCCCCCUCUGAUUAGGUUGCGUUUUAGCUCUCUCUUCCUCGCCUUUCUUUGGGCUGUGGUGUUCCUUUCUGUUUUUCCUUUUUCGUUUUCUUCUUAUCCGUCUUUGGUUUCUUCGUCUACUGCUGUUUGGUCGGUCGCCGGGAUGACUAGUUCCGGUACUCGAUCGGGAUCGUUUCAUUCCGGGAAUGGGCCCGGGCUUGGUAUUGGAAAUGGGAGCUUCCUAGGAUUUUCUGCCAACGGAAAAUAUCGGUUGUUUGCAAGUUCUAAUGAGCAGCCUGACCUUGAGGAGGUUGACUACGUGGAGAAAGAUCCCAGAGGUCGAUACCUUCGGUAUAACCAAGUAUUGGGCAAGGGAGCUUUCAAGACUGUCUUUAAGGCAUUUGACCAAAUUGAUGGAAUUGAAGUUGCAUGGAGUCGAGUAAAAAUUGCUGACAUGUUACAGUCACCAGAAGAUUUGGAAAAGCUAUACUCUGAGGUUCAUCUUCUUAGACAGUUGAAACACGAAAACAUUAUCAAGUUCUGUGAUUCAUGGAUUGAUGACAAGAAGAAGACAAUUAACAUGAUUACAGAGCUCUUUACAUCUGGGAGCCUGAGACAAUAUCGCAAGAAGCACAAAACUAUUGAUAUGAAAGCUAUCAAGAAUUGGGCUAGGCAAAUUCUUCAAGGUUUAGCCUAUCUUCAUAGUCAGAACCCUCCUAUCAUUCACAGAGACUUGAAAUGUGACAAUAUAUUUGUGAAUGGAAAUCGAGGUGAAAUAAAAAUUGGCGACCUUGGAUUGGCAACUGUUCUGCAGCAGUCUACUGCCAAGAGUGUGAUUGGGACUCCUGAAUUUAUGGCCCCUGAGCUUUAUGAAGAGGAAUAUAAUGAACUAGUUGACAUCUAUUCCUUUGGCAUGUGUAUGCUGGAAAUGGUCACCUUGGAUUUUCCUUACAGUGAGUGCAAGAAUCCAGCACAAAUUUAUAAGAAAGUUACCUCGGGUAUAAAACCUGCAUCUCUAAGCAAGGUUACUGAUCCUGAAGUCAGAGAAUUCAUCAAGAAAUGUUUGGUUGCAGCACCUCAAAGGUCGCCUGCUAAGGAGCUUCUUAAAGAUGCCUUUUUUCAAUUUGAGAAAUAUAAAAAGCCACUAUAUGUUCCAUUACAGUUACCUACUCAAAUUCCAAGAUCAUUAAGUUCAUUGAACUAUGAACCUAACUCAAUGGAUAUAGAUCCUGAGCAUAACCAGUCUGCGGGUACAGACUCCAAUUGUGGAAGUCCUCAUGCUCAAGUAUUGGAAUUCCAAAGAUUUCAUCGGAAUAAUGAAUUCAAGUUAAGGGGAGAGAAGAAUGAUGACAGCUCAAUUUCAUUGACCUUGCGCAUUGCAGAUCCCUGUGGUCAAGUGAGGAAUAUACACUUUCUCUUCUAUCUUGACACCGACACUGCACUUUCAGUUGCGGGUGAGAUGGUUGAACAAUUGGAGCUAGCCAAGCAUGAUGUUGCUUUCAUUGCGGAUUUUAUCAAUUACCUAAUAAUGAGAAUUAUACCUGGUUGGAAGCCCUCAUCUGAGUGUGAUUCUAGUGGAGGAAAAAGUACAUGUGAAGGGGAUGAGGCCAUGACAGGCUGUUCCAAGUCAACUCUUCAUCAAGAUGAUAUUUCAAGUAGUCAAAGCGAAAUUAGUUCCCAAGCUGAUAAGGGGAAGGUGUAUCUCCAUUCAAGAGUUGCAUCUCCUCAUGUGGCUGAAAUGGAGGAUAAAGAGUCUCAAGGAUCAAUUGCAUUUGAGGUUAUGGUUAUGGGUAAUCAUGUUUCUGCAAGGAAUAGGAUGUCAUCCGGAAGUGUAGAUUACGGUGUUGAUGGGAUGUGUAAAGGUUCGGGUAGGAUGAUUUCAGAUAUGGAUUUGUGGGAUUUAUGCCAGGAUGAAUAUAAAGUGCAGGGAAAUGGAAAUGGUAGUGGUAAUGUAAGUGAAUUAACAAAGCACAUGGAAUGGACUUUUGCAGAUAUGAGUGGAACACGUUUAUUUCUGAACCCAGCAGGCAAUUCUCUGUCGUUGAUGGAGAAAACCCGGGAGACGGAGCUAAAUGUGCAUCUUGCGUCAAUUGAAGAGCAAUACCAGCAGUGGUUUCAACAGCUGUCAAGAAUGAGGGAGGAGGCAUUGCAAGCAGCGAGGAAGCGAUGGAUAACAAAGUAGGCAGUGGAUUGAAUGAAUGAUGCGGACAAAUUGUUUAUAUAUCUGUCCAUGUUAUUAUUAUUAUUUUUUAUUUAUUUGUGAAAUUGAGGUUUAUGAUUUCCAUGUUAGCAUUUGGUUUAUGUUAUCAUAUAUAAGUAAGUUGCAUCUGUAAAAAUUGGGUAUGGUGUCCUUGUACAACUAAACAUUUCUUCAGUCCUCAAGGUUUUAUAUGGGGGUGAAGAUGUUGUAUAAGAUUUGUAUAUAAAGUUUUAGUUGCAUGCCA